AAAAUAUAGCUCUACCAUCAGUCUUAUAUGGAACCAAUGUGGUUAAUCUAACAGACAGAAAUAGAAAAAUUACAAAGAAUGGAGAAUAGGGUAUACAGGAAAAUAUUAGGAGCAUGUAGAAGUACAGUAGUAGCCACAUUAAGGGGGGAGAUAGGAGCAUCUUCCAUGAAAAGUAGAAUUAUGAGUGGGAAGAUAAGCUAUGUAAAUAAUACUUUAAAUGGAUGGAAAGAGAUACUGAAGAAAAUAAUUACAGAUAUGCAAGAAAAGGAAAGAAAAUGGUGGAAAAGUACAUGCAUGAAGUUAAAAUAAAUUUAAGAAAAUUGGAAGGAUUGUCCAGAACAGAAAUAAAGGACAAAGCCAAAAUAUGGGACACAGAGAGGUGGAAAGAAGAUUUGGAAGACUGUGAAUAUAUAUAAAGUGUGGAAAAGAAAAAUAAAAGAUGAAGAAAUUUAUGAUAAUUCUACUGGUUCAAUACUUCUCUUCAAAGCCAGAACCAACUCUCUUAAUUUAAAUAUAGCAAAAAGGCACCAGAAUGAGAACACCUGUUGUCCUUUUUGCCAUAAUACAGUAGAAGAUAUAUUUCAUUUCCUCUUAUAUUGUUGCACUAAUAGAGAAGAACGUGUUAAAGCAAUGGCUACAGCAACCCUAUGAGGAGAAGGAAAGUAACAUAGUUGGAAAAUUUCUAUUUACAGAUAACAACGAAAUAAGAAAAGAAACCAUAUACUUGAUGCGGGAAAAAAAAGAGAGAGAAAAAGGAAAGAGCUCAUUAAAUGAAAAAAACUCAAGAUUAAGAGGCGCUGUUGCAAUGGAAUUGCCUCGACCCAUAACUACUACUACUACUACCAAAUUUGAACCAUCUAUUCUACCAUCCUCCACUACAACAGAGAAAGCUCCACAAACCCGACGUCUUGAAGCAGAGUCUCCCUUUGUUUUGUGUUUGUUCUGAAUUUAACGUGAUCACAACGAACAAAAGAGAAGAAACUCCAGCAAACACAAACAAAGGAGGAAUAAAAGAAGCAAGGGAGCCGUUUCAAAGGCAUAUCCCACCUACUACUACUACCACUACUACUACCAACCGACAUCCUGAGCUGAGAAUCUGUCAAGAAUUACUACCCUGAUCAUUUCAGUAGCUAUUGGUGCGAUAACGGUUGACAUAUAGCUAGUGGAAUGUUUAUGCGUAAGAUAGUUCGCUGCCGGGAGGCUGGGUGUCCGGCCAUUCUUCAAAAGAUGUAUGGACAUGAGGUUUGCCAGUCUCAUGCCAGCUGCGCCAUCCAACUGGAGGGACUCUUGGUCUGGCACCCAGAAGCCUGCGAGGUGUGUUACGACCUCGUUAGGAACGUGACAGAUGAGUCGGUUGAUCCGACUCUCAAGGCCUCCUCGCUGAUGACCCUCAAGGCCUGGGUAGGGGGGUUUGGGAGGAACGUCGGAUCCGGCCGCCCCUACGUGCUGUCGGAGGAGAUGUGUUUCCUCCUUUACCCAAACGCUAAGGUUUCGUCAGCAGUAGCGGCAGAAGUGGCGGCUCCCAUUAUAGAGCGGAUCCGCCAAGAGACCCAAGCCCCUUUGGAGGACCAAGAGGGCUUGCGUGAGAAAAUGGCAAAGGAGGUGCCGGCCAUCAGCCGGCAUAUAGAGCCCAUGACCAUCGAGGACCAGGAGGAAGGUAGGGAGGUAGGUGAGGCAGGUAAUCAUUGGGCUAAUGUACUAUCCUUCAGCCCAACUCCUUCUUCUUCUUCAUCUUUUCAGGGCUUCUCUGGGAAGUCCACGACCUUUGGGGAUAGGUCGGGCUCAGUAAUCCCCAAGGCGAAAACCUUACAGACGAAGUCCCUGCUGAAGGUGGUUAAACCAGCCAAGCCUUCUCCGGCAAGCUCUGCUAGGUCAUCAUUGGCCCUCAAGCCUUCGACUUCCUCGGCCAAAGCUACUCCCCCACCCAAGAAGUCGAGAGCUAAGACUUACAAAGCCAGACCUAUGGAGUCCGGCUUCGACCAGGAGGCUUUCACCACUCUUCUCAUGAAGAUGGUGAGCGAAGUAGUAAUGGACUCGAGACUUCAAUCGAUGCCCACGCAACUCGCCUCCGGUCUAGAGACAUUCAGACAGUCCAUCCCGUCUCUGGCCCAAAAAUUACAGACCCAGGAGGGAUGCACACCGCAGUCCUUUGUGGUGCCGGACGCAUCCAAGCUCCCGCCAUUUGAGAAUAGCAACCCAUGGCGGUUGGCUCUGCAUGCUCCCUUUUCAGAGGGCAGACUUACAAUUGAGGGUUGCGGAACCCGACCCGUGGAAGACUAUGAGUUCUUCCCGCCGGGCCUACAAUUCCCCUUCCCGGGCUACGCUAGGCUUGCCGAGGAAGCGUUGGUCAGGGUAGACAAGGUCCCGGAAGAGACAGUGAUCUACCCUAGAGAUCAGGCUCAGUCGGCAUGGGUCCGCAUCCUUACGGAAUGGGAGUGCGUCAACACCGAAUUGAUGCCUCACAACGGUAGCUAUACCAUGUUCGUAGCACCGGAUAACAUCCCGACACCUUGCACAUCGAAGAUCGCAGAAUUGACACUACAGGCCGGAAUGGAGGAUAAACCCAUGCCUCAGCUAAAAGAGACGGAGGCUACCUCUUUGCUCUUUCCCAGAGAUCUGGAGUGUUGGGGUGGCGCUCCGGCAACGUUCACAGUGGGCAAACUCAACCGUGAUUGUGCCAUGACACAAUUCGGUGAACUUUUGCCUAGAAUUCCGGACACCAUGUUAAAGGCGGAAUUCGAAGCAAGAUGUAGGCUGAGCAGGUCAAUUAACUCAGUCACCAUUGCAGAGUUGACAGCUUCUGUCUUUGCAGAGGAGCCUCUAUUCCGGGUCCUGACGAAGUCGAUGCUGCAGGCUUAUCUAUCGGACCUGUAUGAUUUCAUAGUGGCUAGACGAGCCUGCAGGAAGCAUGUCUUUGCUAAUGCCUCCAUCAGGCAUGAGCCUAACAAGCUCAUAAAUGCAUCAAUCUGGGGGGCCAACAUCUUUCCUGAGGACAUGGUUAACAGCGUCCUCAGCGAGGCGGCUAGGGCUAACCAGAGCCUUCAUGACCGCUGGGGACUUCACUUCAAAAGGAAAUUCGAGGCCCUCGGACCACACGCCAAACGUAGGAGGAGGCCUGGGAAUUGUCAGUCUUUCCAGACCUCUCAGCCUCAAGCAGUGGUACAGACAGUUCCUGUCUCUCAAAUAAGUAAGCCUUCGACAUCUAAGGCACAACCACAAGAGCAGUUUGUUCUGCUGCAGAGUCAACCGACUCAACAGCCCUCGAGUUCGGCUUACCGACAGAGAGCUGGCUCUAGAGUUCUCUCAAGAGGCAGAGGCUUCAGAGGAGGCAGAGGAAGUAAGACCUCAACCAGUCAAUGAGUCUCUCCAGGUAGGUGUGAGACUGUACCUCUCCUGGGAUCAUUGGACCUUCAGUACGUGGGCCCACAAUAUUGUAUCGAAAGGUCUGGGGUGGAGAUGGAUAAAAGGGCCUCCUCCACCAGUCAGUUUCCAUCAAAUUCCAACGACAGACCUUCUAGACUAUGCCAAAGACCUUCUUCAAAAGAAGGCAAUAAAGAAAGUCAGUCACCUGAAAUUUCAGUAAAACCCUUCUCAGGAAAACAUUAUUUUUAAUGAGUCUGGCCUCAGGCGCCAGAAUAUCUGAACUGUCGGCUCUCUCUAGAGAACCAAAUCAUAUUGAUUUCCUCCUGUCAGGAGAAGUUCUGCUCUCUCCAGAUCAGAAAUUCUUAGCAAAGAAUGAAGACUCACAAAACAGGUGGUCUCCAUGGAAGAUUGUCCCUCUUCCACAGGACCCAUCAUUGGGCAAUACUUCUAAAAAGUCUUCAGGUCCUCUUUUUAUUAGAGAGAAUGGUGGAACCAUUUCCUUGAAUGCCGUCAGACAACAAAUUCUUUAUUUUAUUAAACAAGCCAAUCCAGAUUCAGUCCCUCAUGUCCAUGAUAUCCGGGCAGUGGCUACCUCAGUUAAUUAUUUUCAUCAUAUGAACUUCGAGGAUCUUAAAAAAUAUACGGGUUGGAAAUCCCCGACAGUAUUUAAACGUCACUAUCUGAAAACUCUAGAGGCCCUUGAAUAUUCGGCAGUGGCUGCAGGGAACAUUGUCUCCUCUGAUACGGCCUAGUUAUGUAAUUCUAAAUCGGUAUUUUAUAAUUUUGCUAUUAAUUAUCUUUUGGUACUCACUCUCACCUACCUGCCUCGCUUGUAAUCCCUGCCUUUCUGCCAUUUGUUCCGGACUGGAUUGCUCAUCAACCCACUCCUGUACAUGUGCAUAGUUCUUUAAUAUAUUUGUUUUUAUGUUUAUUACUUGUUGCAUUUUCCUGGUGAUAGUAUGGAUUUGGUCAUAUUAGGUGCUAUUUACCAUCUGUAAUUUAUUAU